AUGGCUGAACUCGGUUGGACAUUGCCGGUCAUUGGUGGUUUCCACGAGAAGGUCACGAAACUGCUCUUAGAAGCCUUGGACGAAUGUGUCAGUUGUCAAUACUGGCAGACGCAUCCUGAAUUCCUCUUAUGGGUGACAGUAGUUGGCGGACUUGCUGCACGCCAGGGUCCUCGGGUCUCAAGCUUUGCUGCAAAGUUGCGAGACUCACGUGUGGUCCUAGAAAAGGAUUCAUGGGGCUACGUGAAAAGCGUGGCGCAGAAAUUCCUGCCUCUGGAUUAUCAGCUAGGAGACCUAUGCCACGCCUUUUGGGACGAAGCGUGCGAAUUGUUUUCAAUGAACCAACCUCCUGAUGCGACAAGCAUCGCGAAUCAUCAACAAGAUGACAACGUGUGUACAGCAUAUGAGAUCAGACCAAACCAGAGGCUUGCCCAUGAUCGGAACACCACAAACUGUUGGGCCUCGUCGACUUCGCCAGGACUGUCUUCGUACGCUCAUUGCUACCCUUGA